CCCUUGAAGGUACGGACUUCCGGCGUUUGGCGCGCCUCCGACGCGGGUAACAUCCGUUCCGGAAAUCAAGGGCGGGAUAUUGAACUCACAGGAAAUCUUGCGUGAGACGGUCGCGACGUAUCUCGAAAUAUCGAUCUCACUCUCUCUCUCCUCUACGCUCUCUCUCUCUUUCUCGACGCUACGCAACGCGGCGACUUUUCUUCCUCGAUGAGAAAGGAUCGACGCGAUGGCCGUCCGCAUUGGAUCGCGCUGAUCAUCGUCGCCACGACAGACAUCACCGCGGUGAUUCAGACGGAUUCGCGACGUCGAUUGUAGUUCCCGACGGGUAUUGUCGUCCGCUCGCCUCGCUCUUUCUCUCUCGCCCGGGAACUCGGUGCUGAUUUCCACGGAUCAGUCGAAGCCAGCGAGGACGCGAACGACCGGGGAAGCGCCAUGGAGGUCGACGUGCCUGAGGAAAAUACAAAUGAGCCAACGGCGAUGGAGAUCGAUGAGGACACCUCCGAGAGGAACCCGAGGGUGUCCGGGAGUGUCAAAGUCAUGGCCUCCUCGGGCACCGUCGGCUCCGUGUCCAUCAGCCUGCACCCGCUGGUGAUCAUGAACGUCAGCGAGCACUGGACCAGGCUCAGGGCUCAGGAGGGCAGCGAUCAGUUGGUGUACGGCGCUCUGAUUGGUAAGCAGAAGGGUCGAAACAUAGAGAUCAUGAACUCCUUCGAACUGCUGUUCACAUGCAUCGGCGACGACGUCAUAAUCGAUAGGGAUUAUUACACCACGAAGGAGGAGCAGUUUAAACAGGUCUUCAGUGAUAUGGACUUUUUGGGCUGGUACACCACCGGUGACAUGCCUACCGAGAAGGAUAUUAGAGUGCACAAGCAGCUCUGCGAGAUCAAUGAAAGUCCUGUGUUACUGAAACUGGAUCCAAGACCAAAAAACACAGAGCACUUAUCUGUCUCUAUGUACGAAUCGGUAAUCGACUUGGUUAACGGUGAGGCCACCAUGUUAUUCGUUCCGUUAACUUAUACGUUAGCCACAGAGGAAGCCGAGAGAAUUGGGGUCGAUCACGUGCAGAGGAUGUGCAACAACGAUCAAGGCGAAUGCUCAGUUGUGGCUGAACACUUAACUGCGCAGCACAGUGCCAUAAAAAUGUUGCACGCGAGGGUGAAACUCGUUCUGAGAUACGUGCAAGCGGUGCAGAGCGGAGAACUGAAGGGAAAUCAUGAAGUUUUACGAGCGGCUUGUUCCUUGAGUCACCGACUGCCUGUGCUGAACAACCCGAAAUUCAAGGCUGACUUUUAUAACCAAUGUAAUGAUUUUGGCUUGAUGACGUAUCUCGGUAUCAUAACUAAAGGCUGUAAUAAUAUAAAUCAAUUUGUAAACAAAUUUAAUAUCCUGUACGAUAGACAAGGCGUGGGACGACGUCUACGGAGUCUCUUCUUCUGAUAUGUAAAUAGAAUCUAUUGUUUUUAUACAUGUCUUUUUUUACUUCUUAGAUAACUAUAAGUAUCUCGAACUCAGGAUUAAAGAUUUAAACAGCCAAUUCAAUCGAGGGAUAGUUUAAUUACUACUUCUAGUGGUACGUUGUAUCGAAUAUAAAUAAAGUAAAGGAGUUACGUUUA